AUGAAUAAUUCAACUUCCUCAUAGCAAAUUGAACCGAAGAAUAAGCCUCUCAUACAAGAUCAUUCCAACAUUUUCUAAAUAGAAAAGAGAUCGACUUCAAAGAUGUUUUGGAACAAGAGGGUGAUUCAAUUAUCAAAUGGCAUGCUUAGUUAUUUCAAAGUUCCAAAAUGUAAGUUAAAAUUUGAUUUAUGAAAAAUAGAGUUGAAUGAAUUAAGUAAGAUGCAGCCCAAGAUAUCAGUGAUAAUAGAGAAUAUAUUAUACAUAGGACCUCCAGAAAAAGCAAAAAAGUAAAAUUCAAUAGAAAUAACAUUCAUGGCUAAAGAUGCAAUAUUUCCUUCCAAAGUGAAAAAUAGGAGCACAAACAUUAGUGUUAACAGUAGUUAUGGAAGAGACUUGAUGGCUGCUCAAUAGCCAAUAGUAAUCACAAAGAAGAAGGAAAUCAUAAUUUGGGAAAUUGCAUUUUCAAAGCCAGAGAUUUUAAAAGAGUUCACUCAAAUAAUUGAUAAAGUGAAACACCCAGAAAAAUAUCAACAAUAAGAAUAAUCAUUGCCAAGAUAGUUUCAACAAUCAUUGCCUUAACAGCCAUCUUCAUAAUAAUCCGAAAUAAUAAAGCAGAAAAGCAGUAUCCAAUAACCAUUAGAUACCAAUGAGAAAGAGAAUUAAUAAAGGGAAGUCCAAUAGAUUUAGUUAUAAUUAGAAAAAUAGAGGUCUGAAUAACAAUAAAAGUAGGAAGAACUAUAGAUAUAGUUGCAAAAAGAGAAGGAGAUUCAUUAGACCGAAUUGAGGAGUAGAAUAGAGAAGGAGUAAUAUUUAGAACAAGAAAAUUAAAUCUUAUAGAAGAAGAUUGAGGAACAAACUAAAUAGGAAUAGUUGUUAUUGAAUAAGGAAGAAUAAAAGAAAAAUAUACUAAGGAAUAGAAUCAAAACUGCAUGGAAUUAUAAUUAUUUAUAAGCAAUAGAAUUAGCUAAUAUGAAGGAUCCUAAAACUAUAGAGGAAUGUAUCACAAAUAGUUUUGUGUUGCAUGAAUCAAUUGGAAGAAUGAGAGAUCAUGCGAUGGAUGUUUGUUAAACUAUUAUUGAUGAAUUAUGUUUGCCUAAUUAAAUGAAAACUAUAAAACCUACAGAUUGUUUAAAUGAGGAUAAGUACAUAAUGUAUAGUCAACAAGAUAAUACAAUUGAUUUUGGAGAUGAUUUCUAUUGUUAUGAUGGAUUAUUCAUUAAAUUGUCAUUCUGUCAAUUGAAAUCUCAGGAAAUCCACACAUAAUAAGGGAAAUAAGAGAUUUAAAUUUAUGAAGAGUCUCAACUAAAGGCUUUGGGGAAUGGUAUGUAUUAAUUAUAUUUAAGAUAGAAUUUCGGUAUUUGUCUUUAUUAGCUGAAUAGAUUGAACUAUUGAUUUAGGAAGAAACCAAUUACCCUUUAAGAGUUCCACUCUCUUGUAUUAUAGAUUACAAAGGAAUCAGAGCUUUUGUUUUGGCAGUUCCUCCAAUUGAUGAUUCAACUUUAAUUCAUGGUCCUACUUUUGAUGGUUAAUUUGUAACAAACAAUGCAAUCCAACAAUAUAUGAAUUAAAUAAGUAUCAGAUUAAAUCUGAAAUAACAUAAAUUUUUUGAAGAUGAGAUGAUUAGCAAUGUGAUACCAAUGAGUUUAUUUUAAGAAGUCCAUAAAAUCAAUAAAGAUUACAUCGAAUUAAGAUGGAUUGAAAAUGAAUAGAAUAUCAAUGAGUUCCCGCCUUAGAAUCUAUCCUUAUAUUACCUAUUAAAAUGUGGAGAUUUGAUGCCUGUUAUUCUAUUAGAAAAUGUUUAAAACACAUCCAGAUUGAGACCAGAACUAGUAAGAAAUUGGAACAAGCCUUUAAAUUCUGAUGCCUAUUUGAAACAGAUCAAACUCUCUGAAACAGAAGCAGAUUAUAAUGAAUUAAAGUAAGCAUCUAACUUUCUACAAAAUUAAUUAUUACAUGACUUGAUUAACAAAUUUGAAUCCCUUGAAUUUUUACCGAUUGAUUCAAAUCAAUUAAGUGAUCAAUUACACCAAUUGGGCAUCAACAUUAAAUACAUUGGCAAAAUUUGUCAGAUGUGUUAACUAUAACAUAUUAAGGAUCUAUGUGUAUGCGAUAUGAUCAGCAGAGUUUGCAAAAAAGUGUUGAGGAAUAAUGUAGCAGAUCUAAUGAAAAAUCUUAAAUAUCAGUUAUCUUAAAAAUUACAAAGUGAUCAAUCUAACAUUUUGGAGUUUUCCAUGAUCUAAGAAUUAAAUACUAAAGAUGUUUAAGACAUCAAAAUUAUAUUAGAAUUGUCAUCUAAAUUGAUAAACGAAAGUUGUCUGGACUUUUUGAAUCUACUAUUGGGUGUUGGAAAGGAAUCUGACAUAUUUUGGAUUUAAAUCAUCCAAAAGUAGAUUUGGUAUGAUUAUUCAUAUAAUCUUGAUGUUACUUCUAGAUAUUCCAUGUAAUACAAAGGGAUGUUGCUAUACUGUCUGUAAUAAUAGUGCGAUAUAUCUUUCACCAUUUCCCCAGCCUUAGUCAAUGGAAUGUUUAAGGAAUCCUUCCCUUUAAAAGAAAAACCUUAAUUCAAUAUCUAACCGAAGGCUUAUUAAUUGAAUACAUCCAAGAUAGCUAGAAAAUCAAAGAGGAGAAAUAUAAUGAAUCAGGAAUAGUUAUUUUAAUCUAUCAAAUGGUCUUUGGAAUUAUGUCUUAUACGUAAAGAAGGAGAUGAGGUCUUCGCUAAUCUGUUAUGUGAGGAGAGUUGUGAGAAUGCCAAUAAAGCCUUGUGUUUUACUAAGCCUGGCCAUCCUAGUCAAAUUAAACCCUUGUUAUAAAUCAUAUAAACGAACAUGGACAACCUAGAAACAGCCCUUUAAUACUUUGAAUAGAUUCUCUAAAUCCUAGAUUCCUACUUUGGAUCUUCGCAUCCUUAUUACUUUAUCAUUUACUCCAUUUUUGGACAUUAUCUAAAGGAAAGCGGGUAUUUCAAUGACACCUUGAAUUUAUACGAAAGUGCCUUAAAAUGCGCCAUCCGUUUAUUUUAGAGUCAUCCUUGCAUAGCUGAUAUCUAUUCGGAUAUUGGUUAAUUGCACUUUUACAAAAAGGACUACAAUAACGCAUCUGUCAAUUACAACAAGGCAAUUUCAAUUUACGAGAAAUGCAAUCAAUAUCAAUCCUUUAAGUACGCCAAUAUCCUUUUGCUUUAAGGCCAAUUGCUCUACAAUCAAUAGUAAUUUGAAUAGGCAAGUGGGCAAGUGGAAACUGCCAUAGACAUUUUAUAUCAAUUUGAAUAUUCCCAAACAGAUCUCCUAAUUGAAGCAAUCAAGUUGCUUAUUCAGAUUUGCAAUUCAUAGAAUAAUUAGAGUAAAACCAACUAACUGAACUUGCAACUUCAACUCCUGUAGAUGAGACACUCUAUUAUGCAAUGA